GCGGUUCACGACUCUUUCUCUUAUUCAGCUACUACGAGCGGAUUCGUGCUGCGGUUGCAACUGCUUCACCACGCCGACAGCUUACAGGAUUUUAUUUCAUUUUACCGGACUAAUACGUCAGGUUAUCAAACAUGAGUGAGUUAUCCGAAAUACAAUCCUUUUAUAAAGGGAAAACUGUUUUUUUAACCGGAGGAACCGGUUUCAUGGGGAAAGUACUCAUUGAGAAGCUACUUUAUUCCUGUAGCGAAUUAAACAAAAUUUAUAUUUUGAUAAGAUCGAAAAGAGGUCGAUCGCCCGAAAGUCGUAUCGAAGACAUGUUCAAACUACCGUUGUUUAGAAGGUUAAGAGAACAGAAACCGCACUUGAUGACGAAGCUGGUACCGUUGUACGGAGACGUUAACUCGGAUGCAUUGGGGUUGACCAAUGAACAGCUAGAAUUGGUGAUAUCGGAAGUCAAUCUAGUGUUUCAUUGCGCGGCGACGCUUAGAUUAGAAGCAAAGUUGAAGGACGCUAUCGAAAUGAACACGGUCGGAACGAAAAGAGUGUUAGAUUUGUGCAAAAAGAUGAAGCAUUUGGAGGCAUUCGUGUACCUGAGUACGGCUUUCUGCUACCCGGAGCAGCAGGAACUCGGUGAAAGAGUGUACGACGCCCCCGACGAUCCCGAAGAUGUUAUGAGGCUGGUACAAUGGUUAGACGGAAGUGCCAUCGAACUCAUCACGCCCAAGUUACUGAAUGUUCAUCCGAAUACUUACACGUAUUCUAAACGAUUGGCUGAAAAACUGGUAUGCGACGAAUAUCCCAACCUACCAUGUUGUAUCGCCAGGCCAUCGAUCGUAACUGGAGCCUGGGCUGAACCGCUGCCAGGAUGGGUCGACAAUCUGAACGGUCCAGUGGGACUCUUGGUGGGUGCAGGGAAAGGUGUGAUUAGGUCGAUGCACUGUAAUGCUAAUUAUCACGCCGAAGUCAUUCCAGUCGAUUUAGCUAUCAACGCAUUAAUCGCUAUUGCUUACACCACAGCUACCACGGAAAAAUCAAAACAUAUACCGGUGUACAAUAUCACUCAAAGUGGCGAGGUGCCCAUCACUUGGGGUGAAAUUUUGGAAAAGGGUAAGAAGGUCGCUUACAAGUAUCCGUUCGAAGGUCAAGUUUGGUACCCGUGCGGCGACAUACAUAGCAGCAAAUUUGUCCACAAUCUCUACGUCUUUUUCUUCCACAUACUUCCGGCUUACUUCAUCGACUUUCUCAUGUUGAUAUUCCAGCAAAAGAGAUUCAUGGUUCGCAUUCAGAAACGCAUCUCGGUCGGCCUCGAAGUGUUGCAGUACUUUACGACAAGGGAAUGGGUUUUCCAUAAUAAGAAUCUCUUAUCGAUGUCCAAAAGCAUGAGUCGCAAAGAUCAGGCGAUCUUCUGUAUUGCUUUCACAGACAUCGAACAUAUGGAAUAUUUAACGAAUUGCGUGCUAGGUGCACGGCAAUACUGUAUGAAGGAAGAUUUGUCUACUUUGCCGAAAGCUCGUAGGCAUCAAGCAAUAAUGUACGCUGUACACAUAAUUAGUGUAUACUUGUUCUAUUACGGGGUGUUAUGUUUCAUGUACAAGCACUUCGCGAUAGUUAGAUUUUGUCUGGAUUUCGUCACUGAUUAUGCGAAGUCUCUGAUUGCUUUGGGCGGAGCCAGCUAAAAAAUGCACCGGUGAAACGAAUAGAAAUUGUGUACAGGUAAGAAUGUUUUUAUACUAAUAAUUCAACGUUGCGACGUUCUUGUAAAAAAUGUUGUUGCUUGCGGAGGUUAUGAUACGUAAGGAGGUUUAAGAGAUUGGGCUAAGGAUAAGCUUUGUAACAGACCAAGAAUCUCUUUCUACGGAGAAAUUUAGUUCCCUCGUAGCUCUCUUGUUCAAAUUAUAAUAAAUAUAACCUUCCCUUUAAAGAAACAUAAAUAUUAUAGAUUAUAGAUAAUGUACGUAUCUGUGUACAGUCCAUAACUGAAACGUACGCGAUUAAGUAUUAAAAUUUGAGAUGAAUUAAAAAUUCUCUGAAGCUCGAAAAAGUUUACGUGAAUUUUACCUGAGAUAAUUGCCGUCCAGAAUUUCUCUAACAAUUAAGAAAUAAAUAUAACAAUUAGAAUCUAAAUAUAGAUAUAUUACGCGUACAAAAAUUAAUUUUAAUAUCGGAUGCUCCUAAGAAUAGAUGACGUA